AGGAUUAUUUUCCCUGGGGGAAAGUAGCCUCACUGAUUCAUUAUUUUUAUUCAACAUUGUAGAUAUAGAAAGAAAGUUUAAAAAUAUGAUGCUACAAAAAACACGCAUUUCAGCCAAAGAAAAUAAAUAUCAUUUUUGCUAUCAUUCGAAUAGAAAUUGGCACAUUGUUAAAACUGUGGCUAAUGGAAACAACAAUUUCCGAUAUUUGAGAGAGUUUAAUUUAAAAUUUUUAGCUCCUAAAAUAGAUGGCAAUUUUAAGGAGAAAAAAAUAGAAAUUUAUAAAAUUUUCAAAAAUUUACUUUUAAAAUUAGUCAAUGAGCAUUUCUGUAGAUUUUGUUUAGGAAAAAUAAGACAAAGGGGAGAGAUGAAUAUUUUGAGAUGUACAAAGACUGGCUGUCGAAAAGAAUUUAUUUUUAUAAAGAAAAGGCCUUUUUUAAUUCAAAAAAAAUGGUUGAAAAACAAUUUUAUUUUUAUAUUUAAACAAUUCUAA